GAACGGAGGAAGUCGGUCCCUCGCAGCGAGCCGUCCGAGCCGGCCGGCUGUUGGCCUGCGGCAACAUGGCGGCGGUCUCAAUGUCAGCGGCUCUGAGGCAGGCCCUGGGAGCGAGAAGGGCAGUGGCCACGGCCUCCCGGCUUCCCACCAGGUCACUGAGCACUUCCACAUGGUGGCUGGCAAAGGACCAAGCUCAAGACACGCAACUCAUCACAGUUGAUGAAAAAUUGGAUAUCACUACAUUGAGUGGUGUUCCAGAGGAACAUAUCAAAACUAGAAAAGUUCAGAUUUUUGUUCCUACUCGCAAUAACAUGCAGUCUGGAGUAAACAACACAAAGAAAUGGAAGAUGGAGUUCGAUACCAGAGAGCGAUGGGAAAACCCUUUAAUGGGUUGGGCAUCAACGGCAGAUCCUCUAUCAAAUCUGGUUCUAACCUUCAGUACUAAAGAAGAUGCAGUUGCAUUUGCAGAAAAAAAUGGCUGGAGCUAUGAUGUUCAAGAGAGAAAGGUCCCCAAACCUAAAUCCAAGUCUUAUGGUGCAAACUUUUCUUGGAACAAAAGAACAAGGGUGUCCACCAAAUAGGUCGGCACUGACUAUAUCUCUGUGUCUGACUGUGAAUAAAGUCAGCUGUGCAGUAUUUAUAGUCCAUGUAUAAUACAUCUCUUAAUCUCCUAAUAAAUUUGACCUUUAAACUACA